AUGCCUGAACCAAUUGCCAUCAUCGGAACCGCCUGUCGCUUUCCCGGCGGGUGCGAUAGCCCCAGCAAACUCUGGGGGCUAUUGAGAAACCCUCACGACAUUGCCAAAAAGGUUCCUCUGGAGCGCUUCAAUGUUGAUAAUUUCUACCACCCCGAGGCAACUCACCAUGGCACCACGAACGCUACCAAGUCCUACUUUCUUGAGGAGAACAUCGCUCAGUUCGAUGCGCCGUUCUUCAAUAUACAACCGAUGGAGAGCGAUGCUGUUGAUCCGCAGCAACGUCUACUCCUAGAGACUGUGUAUGACUCCCUGUGCACCGCGGGUCUGCCCAUGGAGAACCUCCGCGGCUCGUCUACGGCUGUCUACGUUGGUAUGAUGUGCGAUGAUUGGUCCACCAUGGUGGCGAGCGAUGUCGAGACCUUGCCAACCUAUACGGCUACCGGCUUAGCUCGAAGUAUUGUGUCCAACCGGAUCUCGUAUGUCUUUGACUGGCAUGGCCCUUCGAUGACCAUCGAUACGGCAUGCUCGUCGAGUCUUGUUGCCGUGCACCACGCCGUGCAGACCUUGCGUAGUGGUGAAUCUUCCUUGGCCAUAGCCGCUGGAACCAACUUGAUUCUAAGUCCUACCAUGUACGUAACCGAGACGAACCUGCGAAUGUUGUCGCCGAAUGGACGGUGCGCGAUGUGGGAUCGGGCUGCCGAUGGCUAUGCUCGUGGCGAGGGAGUCGCCGCUGUAGUCUUAAAGACCUUGAGCCGAGCUCUGGCCGAUGGAGACCACAUAGAGUGCAUCAUUCGUGAGACUGGAGUGAAUCAGGAUGGUCGCACUACCGGACUCACCAUGCCGAGUAACACCGCGCAAACGGCGUUAAUCCGCGACACGUACCGCCGAGCGGGGCUGGACAUCAAUGAACCUCACGAUCGCCCUCAAUUCUUCCAUGCCCACGGAACUGGCACCCAGGCCGGUGACCCUCAAGAAGCGGAGGCUGUCUCGGCAGCUCUAUUUCCCAAUGACUCGAAGGACCACACAGAGCUCUUUGUGGGGUCAAUCAAGACUGUGAUUGGGCACACUGAAGGCUCUGCUGGUCUGGCCUCUUUGAUUGGGUCCUCGCUGGCUAUGAAGCAUGGAAUCGUACCGCCUAAUCUUCACUUUAGCGAAUUGAGCGACAAAGUCGCGCCGUUUUAUACGAAUCUGAAGAUCCCAACAGAGCCCAUGCCUUGGCCGAAGCUGGCUCCCGGUCAAGUCAAACGGGCCAGUAUCAAUAGUUUUGGUUUUGGUGGAACCAAUGCCCACGCCAUCAUCGAGAGUCUCGAGCAAGAUUCCGAAAGAACAUUGAAGCUUCGUUCGGUCGCAAAUAUCACUCCACUGGUUUUUUCUGCAGCUUCCGAAAAGAGCCUUCGGAAUAUGCUCGCCACGUAUUCAGUCUACCUGUCCGCCAACCCUACGUUAGAUCUCCAUGAUCUGGCCAGUACGCUCAGCAUGCGCCGAUCGACACUACCCUUUCGAACUUACGUUCCAGUCCGUAGCAAGGAAGGGCUACCCAAGCAGUUGAAGACCAUGGCGGAUGCCGCCCCAAAUGAGUCGGAGCUCAGCGUUCGCCGCUCUCAGAUCAUUAACCCAGCUAUUCUUGGCGUGUUCACCGGGCAGGGAGCGCAGUGGCCACGGAUGGGAGCGUGUCUCAUCGAGACCUCAAUUUUCGCCCAACAGAAAAUUGCCUGGCUCGACUCAAUUCUUCAAACCUUACCUGCAGAGGACCGCCCGACCUGGACGAUCAAGGAGCAGCUGCUUGCUGGUAGCGAGACUUCCCGGGUGACAGAAGCGGCAGUAUCGCAGCCCCUGUGCCUUGCUAUUCAGGUGGUAUUGGUUGAUAUCCUCCACGCUGCGGGCGUUACAUUCAAAGCUGUCGUGGGCCACUCAUCCGGUGAGAUCGGAGCUGCGUACGCUGCGGGUCUCCUGUCGGCCGAGGAUGCCGUUAGGAUCGCAUACUACCGUGGCCUGCACGCAAAACAUGCAUCAUCACCGAACGGCGAGAAGGGUGCCAUGAUGGCUGUUGGCGCUUCGCAUGUAGAAGCCCUGGACAUGUGCGCCGACUCACGCUUCAAAGGCCGCAUUCAGGUCGCGGCAGUGAAUUCUAGCUCCAGUAUUACAAUUUCAGGUGACGAAGGCACUAUUGAUGAGCUCCUUGAGGUACUCAAAGCCGAGCAGAGGUUUGCGAGGAAGCUGAAGGUUGACACCGCCUAUCACUCGGCGCACAUGCUACCCUGUGCAGAGCCUUACUUGGAGUCCAUGAAGUCGUGCGGAAUACAGCCAGAAGACCGGACAGGGCCUGUAUGGCUUUCUAGUGUUACCGAGGGACAGAGAAUGGCCAAGGAAAUUCUCACUGAAAGCUACUGGGUUGAUAACAUGUGCAACACGGUAUUAUUCUCUGGCGCAGUGGCUCAGGCUGUUUUGGAGGCUGGGCCAUUCGACAUGACCAUUGAAAUCGGUCCGCACCCGGCACUCAAGGGUCCGGUAACAUCGACGCUUGAGGAGUUUGGAUGUGAAGCCCCCUACACAGGUCUGCUAUCCCGAGCCAAAAACGAUGUUCACGAACUAUCCGCAAACCUCGGUUUCAUCUGGAUGCAUCUUGGGUCCGGCAGCAUUCAGUUUGACACUGUCGACAAGCUUCUAUCUGGGUUCAAAGGAAACAGGGAAGUCCUCACCAACUUGCCGUCAUAUCCCUUCGACCAUCAGCGUGAAUACUGGACUGGGUCCCGCGUGUCUAAUCACCACAAAUUUCGUCGAACCCCUCCAAACCCACUGCUCGGGACGCAAUGUUCCGAAGCGAACACUGCCCAUGAGAUUCAAUGGAGAAAUAUCCUUCGCCCGAGCGAGAUCUCUUGGCUCAGUGGGCAUCGUCUGCAGGGUCAAGUGGUUUUCCCAGCCACGGGUUACGUCUCUAUGGCCAUUGAAGCGACGAAGCAGCUCACUAUUCAGAAUCAUAUUACUUGCAUCAAGAUUUACGAUCUGGAAAUAGGUCGCGCAAUUGCUUUCGGCGAUGAUGCAGCCAGUAUCGAGGUCGUCUUUAAUGCAAGCGUGGUCGAGAUAACCGAGAAAGCCAUCACCGCCCAGUUCGCUUGUUACUCAAUUUCCAAUGCCGAUGGAAAUGCAGUCCUGAAUGCGAAAGGCAAGGUCAUUGCAGAUUUGGGUAGCUCUAGUCCAGGGACACUUGCAAGUUACGAGUCCAACCCUUUCAAUCUGGUCAAUGUUGACCCAACUGAGUUUUACCGGUACCUCACUAAGAUUGGCUAUGAUUACUCCGAGCCCUUCCAAGGCGUGUCGCAGAUUCACCGCAAGCCUGGAUAUGCUAUCGGUCUGAUCGAGGACCAGUCUGGCCUCUCAUGGGAGGAUAAUCUCACAUUUCAUCCGGGAGUCCUUGAUACUGCUCUACAAACCGCUUUCGCGGCAUGGUCCUUUCCUGGUGAUGGUCAGAUCUGGUCCCUUCAUGUUCCCACUCGGUUUGAGUCGCUAGUUUUCAACCCUCACUUCUCCCCUCUUGCCCUAGGCAAAGAACGCUCCUUCAAAUACGAAACAUUCAUUCGCACUAAUACCCAAGGAAGCCUGACUGCCGAUAUUCACUUGUACACCGCAGAUGGCAAGAACUCAUGCAUCCAGAUUGAAGGUGCAUCCCUUGUUCCAUUCUCACCGGGCUCUCCUAAAGACGAUCUGCCACUCUUUUCAAGUUUCAAGAUGAGACCUGCUGUUCCUGAUGGGCAACUUGCGGCAAUGGGCGAGACGAUUUCACCCUACGAAGCGCAGGUUUACAAGGACAUUGAUCGUGUCGCUUUCUGGUAUAUCCGAAAUGUGGCCCAGACUAUUACCCCAGAAGAGUGUGAUCAGAUUCUGCCCCAUUUCAGAUACUAUCUGCGGUGGUGUGAGCGCAUGAUUGGCAUGGUCUCUCGGGGUGAACAUCCCAAGGUCCCCGUUGAAUGUCUUAAUGAUGAGAGAAAAGACAUCACUGAAGUGUUGAGCAAGUAUGAGGGCCGCAAAGAUAUCCGAUUUGUUGAGGUGGUCGGCGACCACCUUGUUGAAGUCGUCCGCAGUGGCACUAGCAUGCUAGAGUAUAUGAACCAGGAUGGGCUGAUGCUCGCGGUUUACGAAAAUGGUCUGGCAGCCGGGCCAAACAACCGCUGGCUGAGUCGCAUCGUCGCCCAAAUUGCGCAUCGCUAUCCGGGAAUGCAUAUUUUCGAGAUCGGAGCCGGAACGGGCGCAUCCACCAAGACAAUUUUGCCCGAAGUCGGCUCAGCCUUUGGAACGUAUACUUUCACUGACGUGUCUAGUGGUUUCUUCCCUGAAGCUGAGGAGCGCUUCAAGGACUAUGCCAACCGUAUGAUCUUCAAGACGUUCAACACUGAGUUCCCGCCAAGCGAUCAGGGAUUCACUGAAGGCCAGUACGAUGUGGUUAUUGCUGCAAAUGUUCUUCAUGUCUCGGCCGACAUGGAGCGAUCCAUGACAAAUGUCCGCCGACUAUUGAAACCCGGUGGUUACUUGAUUACCUUAGAGGUGACAAAUUGUGACCUUCUCUUCAGCGGUAUGACCGUGGGAACUCUCCCAGGUUGGUGGGUGGCUGCGGAGACUGGACGACCGUGGGGUCCUUGCUUGACGCUGCCUCAGUGGGACUCUGUACUCCGGCAAACAGGCUUCUCGGGCAUUGAUACUAUGACACCCGAUCUCAGUGUAUCUCUUCCCGUCGCGGUCUUUGUUUCCCAGGCCAUUGAUGAUCGAGUUGCUCUCCUUCGAGACCCUCUUUCAUUGUCGACCGAGGAUAAUUUGGGCACUCUGGUCAUCAUCGGCGGCACGACGCUACCAGUCUUCGGUAUUGUGGAAGAUGUUGUGACUAAUCUAUCCUCUAUAUUUGCUGAGGUCAUGCUGUUUGAGACUGUUGAAGAGUUGGCAAUCUUUGGCUCCGCGGUACCUAAUGGGGCCAGCAUUCUCUGUCUAACUGAUCUCGAUGAACCAUUUAUGAAGACAUUGACGCCGCAGAAGUUUACCAGCUUACAGAAAAUGUUCGACGUGGCGGGAACCUUGGUGUUGGUUUCUCGUGGCUGCAGAGCAGAUGAACCAUAUUCCAUGAUGCUUGUGGGCAUCGGGCGGACAGUCAAGACCGAAAAUCCGAAAAUCAACCUUCAACUACUUGACAUUGAAGCCGUUGAGGACACAACGGCCAACAUGCUGUCUGAAGCUCUGCUUAGACACCAUCUUCUGAGGCAAUGGCAGUCUAGGAAAGAACCCCUUCUCUGGUCCUCAGAGCCGGAGGUUGUUAUGCAAGACAGACGCGCACUCAUUCCGAGGCUCUUGCCCAGCACAGACAAGAAUCAGCGUUACAACUCCCAGAGACGCGCUAUAACCAAGGAGGUCGACCCUAGACAGGCAACCAUACAGAUGAUCCAGAAUGGAGUCACAUUCGACGUCAAUGAUGUUUCGCCACUGCUAAUUUCCGAUGCACCAUCGUCGAAAUCCAUUACAGUUCGCAGCAUUCUUUCCUCAUUCCAGUCUCUCAAAAUUGGAAGCGCCGGUUUCCUCCGUCUCAUCUACGGUGUGACUUCUUCGUCUGAGACAGUUGUCGCCCUUUCAUGCUCCACUCAGUCCCCAGCAGUUGUACCAUCCAAGUGGUGUGUACCAAUUGCAGGCCAUGCUAUGGGUCAUAGCCCAUCAUCACUCCUUACAACUUUGGCUGCCAAUAUCAUGGCGAAGGAGGUUCUGAGCUCUGUGCCGGAUGGUGGAGUUCUUCUGAUACGGGAGGCAGAUGAGCCUUUCAAGUCUUAUCUUUUGCACAUGGCAAAAGAAUUGAGUGUCAGAACGGUUUUUGUUACCAGUCAGGGCAACACGGGUACCCCUGACAGCUUCUAUAUCCACCCCAGACUUUCGCAGCAUAAAUUGAAGCAGCUCCUUCCUGCAGAUGUUGCCGUCUACGCUGAUCUAUCCCAGGGGGCUGGAGCAGAUGAUUUAUCAGAACUACUUGAUAAGUGUCUCCCAUCUCAAUGCGUCCAUAUCAAACGAAGCUCUCUUCUCAAUAAUGAUAUCACUGAUCCUCAUCCCCGUUUUUGUGACAUGAUCAGUCAACUUCUUCAGCAAACAAUUGAAACUUCCACGCAUUCUGCAAGAACUAUCACCAUUCCGCUUAGCAGAGUGUCCGAUCAUUCUGUGUUUGAGCCUUUUACCGUGGUUGACUGGUCAAUUCAAUCCGUUCCGGUCAAAGUUCAGCCAAUCGAUUCUGGCAUCAUCUUCAGGCCGGAUCGAACAUACUUCUUCGUUGGUCUAGCUGGCGAGCUGGGUCAGUCCUUGUGCCAAUGGAUGAUUUCUCAUGGAGCCAAGUAUUUUGUCUUGAGUAGUCGGUCUCCAAAGGUCAGCCCGAAUUUUAUUGAGGGGAUGGCGCAGCAGGGAGCGACAGUCAGAACAUUGCCGUUAGAUAUUACAAGCCGAAGGUCCCUUUGGUCCUGCUACCGAGAGAUCAGCCGCACCAUGCCCGCCGUUGGCGGCGUCAUCAACGGUGCCAUGAUCCUCCAAGACAGCGUUUUCGAAAACAUGACCCAUGAACAAUUCCUCAAAGUGAUCAGACCAAAGGUCCAAGGCACCAUACUCUUGGACGAACUAUUCUAUGACUCACCCCUAGAAUUCUUCAUCGUCACUUCCUCCAUCACCACAGCCAUCGGUUUCAGCGGACAGGGUAACUACUCGGCGGCGAACACGUUCAUGACCUCUCUCAUGUACCAGCGCAAGAAGAGGGGGGUUCCUGGCUCCUCUAUGGACAUCCCGGCUGUUCACGGUAUUGGAUAUGCCGCCCAAGAGGAUAACUUUGACUUUGAGUAUUUCACUACACUCGGCUACAACAAUGUUUCUGAGCAAGACUUCUGCACACUUUUUGCAGAGGCUAUUCUCUCCGGUCGCGCCGACUCCCUUGAUGAGGCUGAGGUUGUAUCAGGUGUUAAUUAUGUGUCGCCCGACUUGGAUAUCCCCCAGACUCACACCAGAGAUAUCAAAUUCUCCCAUUACAUCCUGACCGCGGAAGAAGGAUCCAGCGUCAGCGGUAGCAAGUCCGCCGCGCAGGUGAGGGUACAGUUGCAGGGAGUGACAAGCGAAGAGGCAAUCUAUGAUAUUGUCAAAGAUUCCUUCCUGGUGAAUCUCAAAAAAGUUCUCCAGAUCUCAGCUGAUGAUGAUAUUGAUCUUUCAACGCCUCUUGUGGAGCAGGGGCUGGACUCACUUGUGGCUGUAAUGGUUCGCUCGUGGUUUUUGAAAGAGAUCGAGGUCGAUAUUCCGGUUCUGAAGAUCCUUGACGGCAGCUCUAUUUCUGAUCUUCUUCAACUGGCCGUUUCCAAGAUACCUACAUCUAUCACUUGUGCAGAGGACCCGAAAAGCUACACUGACACUCCAAGCCCAUCGUUACCAACACCUGCCAAACCCGUCUUCAAUAGUACCAUUUCUGGAACACCUAGCGACUCUACACCCAGCUACUCACCACUGCUGACACCUAGUGAAAGCGAGACAUCAUCCAUUGAGCUGCUGACUCCAGAUGAGCCCCUUAAAUCCAAGGAACUAGGGGCCACAGAUAAACUGGCCCGAUCGCAACGGGACUUGGUCAUUCAGCAUUCCCGCCUCACGAGAGAGCCCAUGUCCUUUGGGCAAGCCAGAUUCUGGUUCCUCCAUCAUUUCUUGAAGAGCAAAACGUCCUUCAACUUUUCGACUUCUGCACGUCUGGUGGGCCCGCUGCGAGUGACGGCCUUUGAGCGAGCUUUGGACACAGUGAUUCAGCGACACGAAGGUCUACGUACUAGAUUCCUCUGGUUGGAUGGGGAUAUUGGCACACCUAUGCAGGAGAUUAUCUCUCACCCUCUGCUUAAAUUGGAGACCAAGCGCAUAUACUCCGAUGCUGAGGCAGCCGACGAACUAGAGAGGUUGCAAAAUCACGAAUAUGAUCUGGAAGACUGGGGGUCUAUCAGAGCAAUGCUUCUUAUUUUUUCCGACACCGUCCACUACUUCCUCCUUGGAUGUCAUCAUAUUGCCUUGGAUGGACAAAGUAUGCACAUUCUUUUCUCGGAGCUCGACGGUUUGUAUAACGGUAAAGCUGUUCCUCGAAUCCCCGAUGCCUCGCAAUACCGAAAGUUUGCUACCAGACAGAAACAAGAUUACGAAUCUGGGCUAUUGCAGGCUGACAUCGAUUUCUUCCGUGACAUCGUCCGUGAGGAUCCGGGUGCGAUUGAGCCGUUCUCGUUCUCGCACCUCUCAAAGCGGAAGAUUCUAGAUACCUACCGGCACCAUCGCGCGUCGACCCGGCUGGGAGCCGGGUUAGCUCGCAAGGUCAAGCAAAUUGCCCGCAAGCUUCAGAGCACGAAUUUUCAUUUCUACCUGACUAUUCUUCAAGCGCUCGUAUUCCGCCUACUUCCCUAUACCAACCAAUUCUUUGUCGGAAUUGCGGACGCGAACCGAGUGGAUAAAGAUUCAAUCAACACGAUCGGUUGCCUCGUGAAUCUACUGCCGCUCAAGUUCAACCGGGCGGACUCAUCCAAACUCGAUCAUGCCGUCAAACUCACACGGAGCAAGGUGUACUCUGCUCUCCAGCACUCGCGAGUGCCAUUCGAUGUUCUUGUCAAUGAGCUCGAGAUCAACCGUUCCGCCAUGCACACCCCAAUCUUCCAAAUCUUCAUGGACUACCGGCUAGGCGACCACGAGAACUCGCGGCUAGUCGGUUGCGAUGCCGAGCUUUCGUGGAAUAAUGCUGCUACAGGGUAUGAUUUGCACCUGGAGGUGCUUGAUACUGUCGAUGAAGAGUCGCUCGUUGUUUUGAAAGUGCAAGAGGGUCUCUAUUCCAAGGAAGCAGCGGACUUGCUGCUUCGUGCUUUCACCAAUCUCCUAGAACAGGCCACACAAAGUCCUGCCGAUCGUAUCGAUCUAUCGUCGCCUCUGCUGUGGUCUAGAAAGGAUAUUGAUGAUGCGUUAGCGUUGGGAAAGGGUCCGGAACUGAACCCUGAAUGGCCAUCGACGGUCGCACACCGCGUUGAUGAGAUGGUGGAUGCACACCCUGAUGUCAUAGCUAUCAAGGAUGGACAUGGACAUGCCCUCACCUAUAGUGCCAUGGCCGACCGCGUUAACACGAUCGCUGCUACCCUCCUUGAAUAUGUCUCUGGUGGCGAUAGUGUUGCCGUGUUCCAAGAGCCAAGCGCUGACUGGAUCUGUUCGCUACUCGCCAUCUUCCGUGUUGGGGCGGCGUAUGUCCCCUUGGAUCUGAAGAAUGGUCUGCAACGGCUUGCGGGUGCUGUUGAAGUUGCCAGCCCGCGGGUUAUCCUCCACGAUAAAUUCACAGAGGCUCGAGUGCCGGAUCUUCGGGUGGCAAGGGCAGCUAUCGUCAAUGUCUCCGAUAUUGACAUGAACCCCGAUGCCAAAGUACCGAACAGGGCCAUGGCAGAGUCCACUGCGGCUAUUCUGUUCACUAGCGGGUCGACGGGUGUUCCCAAGGGCAUCGUACUACCGCAUUCUUGCUUCGCGACGCAUGUCGAAGCUGUCGAAAAAGCCUGGGGCGUGGGCGCGGCGGUAGUCCUCCAACAAAUUGCCCUCAGUUUUGACUUUUCCUUGCAUCAGAUCUUCACGGCCCUUGCCAACGGGGGAACCCUCUUUGUGGUCCCGUACGAGAAACGCGGAGACCCGUAUGAAAUCACCAAGAUCAUGAAGCAAGAAGGAGUCACCCACACCCUGGCCACCCCAACCGAAUAUGGUAUGUGGUUCGAUGCAGGGGCGGACAUUCUCUCCCAGUGCUCUUCCUGGAAAUGGGCUCUUGUCGGUGGCGAAGCCUUGCCAAAGUCAAUUGUUCGACGCUUCCGGGAUUUGAACUCGAGUAAUCUCAAGCUCUUCGAUUUCUAUGGACCUGUAGAGGCCACUAUUGCACUUACCAAAGGCGAGGUCAAUUUCGGGCUCGCUGAUACUGAACAACCAAUUCCGGUUGGAAGGCUUCUUCCCAACUACUCUGUCUACAUUCUAGACGAAGCGCUGCAGCCUCUCCCGAUCGGUGUCCCGGGGGAGAUUGUUGUUGGCGGACCCGGAGUGGCGGCAGGUUACCUUGGCCAAGAAGAGCUCACAAACGAGAAGUUUAUCCCCGUCCCUAGCUACUUGCAGGACGAACGCUCCAAGAAGCUUGGAUGGAACAGAUUAUAUCGGACCGGUGACCGUGGACGCCUGAACAACGACGGCACUCUCAUAUAUGAGGGUCGGAUCAACGGUGACGAUCAGAUCAAGCUUCGUGGCAUUCGCAUUGAGCUGGGGGAGAUCGAAAAUGCUAUUAUCGAGGUCGCGAACGGCAAAGUCUCUCAGGCGGUUGUUGCUGUCCAUGGCGAAGAGGCUGACAAAUUUUUGGUGGCUUAUGUUGUCCUUUCAUCGCAUGGUGAAAAGUCCGGUGACAAUCUUUUCACAGCCAUCAAAGCAGCACUCCCCCUUCCCAGCUAUAUGCGACCUUCGCUAUUCAUUCCCAUUCACAGUGUCCCGAUGAACGUGCAUGGAAAGACUGAUCGCAAGGCUCUUUACAAUAUUCCUUUGCCGGAUAUCGUGACUUCGGGUCCCUCUGAGCGAGGUCUGAUGAAUUUCCAAGAAAAGAAACUCUGUGGAUUAUGGGAAGAGAUCUUGCCAGCAUAUGGUGCCGUAAUCAGCUCAGGGACAGACUUCUUCCAUGUUGGAGGAAACUCGCUGUUGCUUGUCAAACUUCAACGCCGCCUCAAGGAAGCCUUUGCGUUUUCUCCACGACUCGCUGAUCUCAUGAACUCUAGUACAUUGAGCGAUAUGGCCCGCCUUCUAGAGGACACGGAUGCGAGUGUGGUCGAUUGGGAGGCUGAAACAUCUGUGCCGGCAUCAUGGGCUGAUCUCGCACAGAGUGCCACGCCGUCUGCCCCAAAUGACAGAAUGACGGUCCUUUUGACGGGCGCAACUGGUUAUAUCGGCCGUCAUCUCCUCUCCUCUCUUCUUGAAAGCACCCGUGUGUCCAGAAUCAUCUGCCUUGUCCGUGACAAAAGCAAGCUAGUCACAGAAUCUGAGAAAGUCGUGGCAAUCUCCUGCGCUUUCGACAAGCCCAAUCUUGGGCUCACCUCCGAUGAGCUUAGCUAUCUGACUCACAAUGCCGACAUCGUGGUGCAUUGUGCUGCCAAUCGAUCCUUCUGGGAUGACUACCAGGCACUGAGAGCCGUGAACUUCUAUUCCGUCCGUGACAUCGCCCGUCUGUGUCUUCCGCGCCGCUUGCCGCUUCACUUCUUUUCUUCCGGCGCUGUCGCCGACCAAGCGGAUCUCGCGGAUUCACACGAUGGCUAUUUGACAAGCAAAUGGGCAGCCGAAAAGUUCCUUCACAAUGUAUCUCAGGAGUUUGGUUUGCCGGUGCAUAUCCACAGUCCAAGCGCAGCAACUGCAGACACGCCGUACACAGUCGACUCCAUCGUCCAACAAGACUUUAUCGAAUGUGCACAGCGUGUCGGUGCACGGCCCGAUCUCGAGGGUACGUCCGGCCAUAUGGAUCUCAGUCAGACGACCGGCUUCAUCGCGACAGCAUCGGAGGCCAUUCUUAACGGGCGUGAAGACAUCGAUAACAAUGCUCCCAUACUCAGGAGGGUGGUAUAUAACCCCACCCAACGGUUCGAUAUCCAGCGCUCCACUUCUUCUAUCGGUGCUGAUCCCAGAUGGGCGUCACUGCCGACGAUGGAUAUGCUGCAGUGGAUGGGGAAGGCAAAGCAGAAUGGGUUCCCGUAUGUGCUGACGGCCCAGCAUAUUGUGAUCGGUUCGAAGACGGGACAGGUGGUAUCUAGGCGAUAG